AUGUGCAAUACCUUUCACUUUUUGGAAAACAAGACGAACAAGAAAUCAUCCAAAUUUGAUAAAAUAGGACUUGUAGAGGGUCAAAUUGAAUAUCAAAAUGAAGAACAAAUUCAAUUUGAGGAAUAUAAUCAACCAUUGUUUCAACAAUAUGAAAUUUAUGAGCAACAACCAAUUCAAUGUUUAAAUAGAGAACAACAAGAAGAGUUAAAACUACAAAGACAAUUUGAACAAAAACCAUUUAAACAACAGAGCCAUCAAUUUAAUUGUAGAAGCACAUCAACUUAUUAUCAACAACGACCAAAUGCUCACCCAGAAUCAGAAGCUUCUCCACCACAGAACCAUCAAACUAGCCAUCAUUUAACAAAAAUGAAUCACGUUAUUCUUUUUCUGGUGAACCAAAAUCAUACCGGUAUUCCGAAUCACCUAAUCAAAACAGUGGAGAACCACCUUUUGUUGAGUAUGAAAAAGGGAGAAUUGGUUCAUUUUCAUAAUCAAUGUGUUUAA